AUGGGUCAGCAGGUGGGCCGCGUCGGCGAGGCGCCGGGGCUCCCGCUCCCGCAGCCCCAGCCCCAGCCCCAGCCCCGCGGGCACCGGGCCGCCGGCGCGCCCAGGCCCCACGCCCGAAGGAGGGACCCCAACCCCGCCGCCAGCGCCAACCCCAGCGCCGCCGCCGGAUUCAACAUCUUCGCUCAGCACGAGGCCUUGCAUCGCCCCUACGGCUGUGAUGUUGAACCCCAGGCCUUGAACGAAGCCAUCAGGUGGAGCUCCAAGGAGAACCUGCUCGGAGCCACUGAGAGUGACCCCAAUCUCUUUGUUGCACUUUAUGAUUUUGUAGCAAGCGGUGACAACACACUCAGCAUCACCAAAGGUGAGAAGCUCCGAGUCCUGGGUUACAACCAGAAUGGUGAAUGGAGUGAGGUGCGCUCCAAGAAUGGGCAGGGUUGGGUGCCAAGCAACUACAUCACUCCAGUGAACAGCCUGGAGAAGCAUUCCUGGUACCACGGGCCCGUGUCCCGCAGCGCAGCCGAGUAUCUGCUGAGCAGCCUCAUCAACGGGAGCUUCCUGGUGCGGGAGAGUGAGAGCAGCCCAGGGCAGCUGUCCAUCUCGCUCAGGUUCGAGGGACGCGUUUACCACUACAGGAUCAAUACCACCGCAGAUGGCAAGGUGUACGUGACGACAGAUAGCCGCUUCAGCACUUUGGCCGAACUUGUUCACCAUCACUCCACAGUGGCCGAUGGACUGGUGACAACCCUACACUACCCAGCUCCCAAGUGCAAUAAGCCCACCGUCUAUGGAGUGUCCCCCAUCUAUGACAAAUGGGAAAUGGAGCGAACAGACAUCACCAUGAAGCACAAGCUAGGGGGUGGACAGUACGGGGAGGUGUACGUUGGCGUGUGGAGGAAAUACAAUUUGACGGUUGCAGUGAAAACACUAAAGGAAGAUACCAUGGAGGUGGAAGAGUUUCUGAAAGAAGCCGCUGUGAUGAAAGAAAUCAAACACCCUAAUCUGGUACAACUGUUAGGCGUGUGCACCUUAGAACCACCUUUUUACAUUGUGACCGAGUACAUGCCGUAUGGGAACCUGCUUGAUUACCUUCGAGAGUGCAACCGAGAAGAGGUGAGCGCAGUUGUGCUGCUCUACAUGGCUACGCAAAUCUCCUCAGCCAUGGAGUACUUGGAGAAGAAGAACUUCAUCCAUAGAGACCUUGCAGCCCGAAACUGCCUAGUAGGUGAAAACCACGUGGUGAAGGUAGCAGAUUUUGGCUUAAGCCGACUAAUGACUGGUGAUACCUACACCGCUCAUGCUGGAGCCAAAUUCCCCAUCAAGUGGACAGCACCAGAGAGUCUGGCCUACAACACUUUCUCAAUUAAAUCAGAUGUUUGGGCUUUUGGUGUGCUGUUGUGGGAAAUUGCUACCUAUGGGAUGUCACCAUACCCGGGUAUCGACCUGUCACAGGUCUAUGAUCUGCUGGAGAAGGGAUAUCGGAUGGAGCAGCCGGAAGGGUGUCCCCCUAAGGUCUAUGAACUGAUGAGGGCAUGCUGGAAGUGGAGUCCUUCAGACAGGCCGUCUUUUGCCGAGACGCAUCAAGCUUUUGAAACCAUGUUCCAUGACUCAAGCAUCUCUGAAGAAGUCGCCGAGGAACUUGGGAGGACAGCUUCCUCUUCCUCCAUCGUCCCUUACCUGCCCCGGCUGCCCAUGCUUCCCUCCAAGACCAGGACCCUGAAGAAACAGGCCGAGAACAAGGAGAACAUCGAAGGGGCACAAGAAGCUGUAGAGCACUCGGCUUCCAGCUCGGCUCCAGGAUUCAUCAGAAGCACACAGCCUGCCGGUGGGUCCCCAGCUCUGCCUCGCAAGCAGCGGGAUAAGUCGCCCAGCAGCCUCUUGGAGGAUGCCAAAGAGACCACCUUUACCAGGGACAGGAAGGGGGGCUUCUUCAGCUCUUUCAUGAAGAAGAGAAAUGCCCCCACGCCCCCCAAACGCAGCAGUUCCUUUCGUGAGAUGGAGAAUCAGCCCCACAAGAAAUACGAGCUAACGGGUAACUUCUCAUCUGUCGCUUCCUUGCAGCAUGGCGACGGGUUUUCUUUCGCUCCAGCCCAGCAAGAGCCCGGCCUGGCACCGCCCAAGUGCUACGGGGGGAGCUUGGCACAGAGGAACUUCUGCAGCGAGGACGGUGGUGGCGGGAGCAGUGGUGGCGGAAGUACUGGUGGGGGGUGGUCGGGCAUCACUGGUUUCUUUACACCUCGCUUAAUCAAAAAGACACUGGGCUUACGAGCGGGGAAACCCACGGCUGGCGAAGAAGCCUCCAAGCCUUUUCCGAGGUCCAACUCUACAUCUUCCGUGUCCUCAGGGCUUCCAGAGCAGGAUAGGAUGUCCAUGACCCUCCCCAGGAACUGCCAGAGAUCCAAAAUCCAGCUGGAACGGACAGUGUCCACCUCUUCUCAGCCAGAGGAGAGCACGGGAAGGGCCGGCGAGCCGCUUCCCAAGAGGUCGGAAGAGGGGCCCGGCCUCAGCAAGGAGCGGCCGAAAGCCAAACUCUUGCCCCGAGGGGCCACGGCUCUUCCUCUCAGGACUCCCUCCGGGGAUCCGGCCGGCGCCGAGAAGGACGGCGCGGGCCUGGCGGCGGCGGCGGCGGCGGCCCCCCCCAAGAACCGAGAGAGGAACGGCGGGACGAGGCUCGCGGAGGAGGGCGAGAGGCCGGGGUGGUCGUCUCCGGCCAAGGCCGCGGCUGGACUCCCGACCCCGCACAACCACAAAGUGCCCGUCCUCAUCUCGCCCACGCUGAAGCACACUCCAGCCGACGUGCAGCUCAUCGGUACGGACUCUCAGGGGAAUAAAUUCAAGCUCUUAUCCGAGCAUCAGGUCGCCUCCUCCGGGGACAGGGACCGGCCCCGCCGGGUAAAACCAAAGUGCGCCCCACCCCCGCCGCCGGUGACGAGGCUCCUGCAGCCCUUGGGCCCGGAUGCCACGGAGGACUCCACCGGGGCCGCCGCCGCCUCCGCCGCCGCGGGACCGCCCGGACCGGAAUCGCAAGAGAGUGGGAAAAGGCCAGGCGCCGCGGGCUCCGGCAGCGCGAAAGCCGGGAGGCCGGCGGUGCCUCCGCCUCAAGUGCCUCCGCCUCCCUCUUCCACAUCGCCGGCCAAGAUGGCCAACGGCACGGCCGGCACCAAAGUAGCGCUGAGAAAGACCAAACAGGUGGCUGAGAAAAUCCCGGCGGACAAAAUCAGCAAAGAGGCCCUGCUGGAGUGCGCGGACCUGCUGUCCAGCGCCAUCGCCGAGCCCACGCCCAACAGCCAGCUGGUGGACGCCGGCCACCAGCUGCUGGAUUACUGCUCAGGCUACGUGGACUGCAUCGCGCAAACGCGCAACAAGUUUGCCUUCCGGGAAGCCGUGAGCAAACUGGAACUCAGCCUGCAGGAGCUGCAGGUAUCUUCGGCGGCUGCUAGCGGGCCCGGGGCCAACCCUGUUCUUAAUAACUUACUGUCUUGCGUCCAGGAGAUCAGCGAUGUGGUGCAGAGGUAGCUACUGCC